GCAGGCGGAGCAGCCCAGGCAGCGGAGCUGGAUUGUGUGUUGAGUACAGGCAGAGUCAAGAACCAGCCAUUGCUCUUGGUUCCUAUGUCUGCUGGGAGUGCCCCAGCCAGAACUCCGGGCAGUGGGGGCAGGGGGGACAGGGCGAGGUGCCACCUUAGUCUGGCUGGGGAGGCAGAUGAUGAGGAGUGAUGGGGCAGGCAUGCGGCCACUCCAUCCUCUGCAGGAGCCAGCAGUACCCGGCAGCGCGACCGGCUGAGCCGCGGGGCCAGCAGGUCUUCCUCAAGCCGGACGAGCCGCCGCCGCAGCCAUGCGCCGACAGCCUGCAGGAUGCUUUGCUGAGCCUGGGCGCUGUCAUCGACAUUGCUGGCCUGCGACAGGCUGCCAAGGAUGCCCUCUCUGCUGUGCUCCCCAAAGUGGAAACUGUCUACACCUACCUGCUAGAUGGGGAGUCUAGGCUGGUGUGUGAGGACCCCCCUCAUGAGCUGCCACAGGAAGGAAAAAUUCGAGAAGCUGUGAUCUCCCAGAAGCGGCUGAGUUGCAAUGGUCUGGGACCUUCGGACCUACUGGGAAAGCCCUUGGCCAGGCUGGUGGCUCCACUGGCUCCUGACACGCAAGAUGCUGGGGAAGGUCACCGCUGGUCACGUCUCCCUUCUCUCCAGGUGCACUGUGGCCAGCUGAGUGACAGUGAGGAACAGAGCCUGCAGGUGGUGGAGAAGCACGCUCUGGUGGCCCUGCGGAGGGUGCAGGCCCUGCAGCAGCGCAGGCCUGAAGCUGUUCAGAACACCUCAGCGGAUGCCUCUGAAGAUCAAAAGGAUGAGAAGGGGUAUACGGACCAUGACCGAAAGAUCCUGCAACUGUGUGGGGAACUCUAUGACUUGGAUGCCACUUCUCUGCAGCUCAAAGUCCUUCAAUAUCUGCAGCAGGAGACACAGGCCACUCACUGCUGCCUCCUGCUGGUGUCAGAGGACAAUCUACAGCUUUCCUGCAAGGUCCUUGGAGACAAAGUGCUGGGAGAAGAGAUCAGCUUUCCAUUGACCAUGGGACGCCUGGGCCAGGUGGUGGAAGACAAGCAGUGUAUCCAGUUGAAGGACCUAACCUCUGAUGAUGUGCAACAGCUGCAAAACAUGUUGGGCUGUGAGCUCCAGGCUAUGCUGUGUGUCCCUGUCAUCAGCCGAGCCACUGACCAGGUGGUGGCCCUGGCUUGCGCCUUCAACAAGCUUGGAGGAGAUUUCUUCACAGAUGAGGAUGAACACGUGAUCCAGCACUGCUUCCACUACACAGGCACGGUGCUCACCAGCACCUUGGCCUUCCAGAAGGAGCAGAAGCUCAAGUGUGAGUGCCAGGCUCUUCUCCAAGUGGCAAAGAACCUCUUCACCCACCUGGAUGACGUCUCUGUCCUGCUACAGGAGAUCAUCACGGAGGCCAGAAACCUCAGCAACGCAGAGAUCUGCUCCGUGUUCUUGCUGGAUCAGAAUGAGCUGGUGGCCAAGGUGUUCGAUGGUGGUGUUGUGGACGAUGAGAGUUAUGAGAUCCGCAUCCCGGCGGACCAAGGCAUCGCGGGCCACGUGGCGACUACGGGCCAGAUCCUGAACAUCCCAGAUGCAUACGCCCAUCCGCUUUUCUAUCGCGGCGUAGACGACAGCACUGGCUUCCGCACGCGCAACAUUCUCUGCUUCCCUAUCAAGAACGAGAACCAGGAGGUCAUUGGUGUGGCUGAGCUAGUGAACAAGAUCAAUGGGCCAUGGUUCAGCAAGUUUGAUGAGGACCUGGCCACAGCCUUCUCCAUCUACUGUGGCAUCAGCAUCGCCCACUCUCUCCUAUACAAAAAGGUGAAUGAAGCCCAAUACCGCAGCCAUCUGGCCAAUGAGAUGAUGAUGUAUCAUAUGAAGGUCUCUGACGAUGAAUACACCAAGCUUCUCCACGAUGGCAUCCAACCCGUGGCCGCCAUUGACUCCAACUUUGCCAACUUUACCUACACGCCCCGGUCUCUACCCGAGGACGACACUUCUAUGGCCAUCCUGAGCAUGCUGCAAGACAUGAACUUCAUCAAUAACUACAAAAUUGACUGCCCAACUCUGGCCCGAUUCUGCCUGAUGGUGAAGAAAGGCUACCGGGAUCCACCCUACCACAACUGGAUGCACGCCUUCUCUGUCUCUCACUUUUGCUACCUGCUCUACAAGAAUCUGGAGCUCUCCAACUACCUCGAGGACAUCGAGAUCUUUGCAUUGUUUAUUUCCUGCAUGUGUCAUGACCUGGACCACAGAGGCACAAACAACUCCUUCCAGGUGGCUUCGAAAUCUGUGCUGGCCGCACUCUACAGCUCAGAGGGCUCUGUCAUGGAGAGGCACCACUUUGCUCAAGCCAUUGCCAUCCUCAACACCCACGGCUGCAAUAUCUUUGACCACUUCUCUCGGAAGGACUAUCAGCGCAUGCUGGACCUGAUGAGGGACAUCAUCUUGGCCACGGACCUGGCACAUCACCUCCGCAUCUUCAAGGACCUGCAGAAGAUGGCUGAAGUGGGUUAUGACCGCAACAACAAGCAGCACCACAGGCUUCUUCUGUGCCUCCUCAUGACCUCCUGUGACCUCUCUGACCAGACAAAGGGCUGGAAGACCACCAGAAAGAUUGCAGAGCUGAUCUACAAAGAGUUCUUCUCCCAGGGAGACUUGGAGAAGGCCAUGGGCAACCGACCGAUGGAGAUGAUGGACCGAGAGAAGGCCUACAUCCCUGAGCUUCAGAUCAGCUUUAUGGAGCACAUCGCCAUGCCUAUCUACAAGCUGUUACAAGACCUGUUCCCCAAGGCAGCAGAGCUGUAUGAACGUGUGGCCUCGAACCGUGAGCACUGGACCAAGGUGUCCCACAAGUUCACCAUCCGAGGCCUCCCCAGUAACAACUCGCUGGAUUUCCUGGACGAGGAAUACGAGGUCCCCGAUUUGGACGGCCCCAGAGCUCCUGUCAAUGGCUGCUGCAGCCUCGAGGGCUGAGUGGUCCCCUCUAGGGACCCUCCCUGCCUGGCCCUCCUUUCACAACUCUCUACCAGUCUGUCUGAUGCAUUGGGAACCAGAGCCAUGGGUCCGGGGUUCUAGGCCAGGAUGUCCCCUGUGACCCGGCACAUGCCACCACCCUUCCUGGGCUUCAUCUUUCUCAUCUGCAGAAGGAAAGCAAGAUUGCCAGUCCCACACAGACUUUGCCAUUUGUACACAAGAGCACAGUAGUGACCAGUGGUAGUGGUGUGGGUCUCUUCUGCACCUCUGACUAUCCGUGCCCAGUCCUGCCCAAGCCGCUCCAUCUCUUAAGCAGCGUCACAGAGCGCCCUGUGACCCCGUUAGAGCCCUCCUAGGUCAGUAGCCUUGUUUUCCUGGAGGCAUCACAGGUCUCUGGAGCCUCCGAGAUCCUCACGGAAGGCAGAGAGACUGCUGAGCGAGCAGAGGAUAGAAAACAGUCACCAGCUGGAAGUCACCCUGGGGGUGCCUCUGUGCUUCUGGUAGGAUUGGGACCCUUGGAGGAAGCUAACAGCCAGGUUGCUCAGUGCUCUGCAGGAGGAAGUGCUCCAGCAGAAAGGGCGGGAAGAAUCCAGCAAGCUGGGAGACUGUCCUGUACACACCCACGCCCUUCAGGUGGUGUGACCUGAAGCAAGUCCCUUUCCCUAGCUAGGCAAGACAGGAUCAUUAGACAGCCUAGUCUCUCUUUAGAUCAGAGUCUCCAUGGUUGUGUGGAGUCCGUGAGUGGCCGUGGCAUGCUCUGCCGCCCUAAGGCACAGAGAGCCUAACUUUUCUUUCCUCUGAGUGUAUCCCCUUGGUCUGAGCCCCUCUCCCAUUCCUGCUGCCAGAGAGGGGCCUGGCCUCUCCCCACAGGGCUUCUCUCCUCUUCAAGGCCAUAUCCACACAUGCCCCCGGGGUCUCAGGAGACUCUCCCAGGCUGGGCCUCUUGGGUGAGUGGCCACUAGCUUCUCUUCUGUUUUGUUCCGUACGUGUGUCGUGGGCAGGGGAGGGGGCCACCUGCCUUACCUACUCUGAGUUGCCUUUAGAGAGAUGCGUUUUUCUAGGACUCUGUGCACCUGUUGUGUGUGGUCCCGUGGGCUGAGUGCUUUGUACAUGAGAAUAAAUCUAUUUCUUUCUACCAACCCUCCCACA